CGCCGGCAAGGGGAUAGGCGCCUUGUCGGUCGAGCGCGCAUCUCGAAUCAGCCAGUAUUGCGCGGGGCGCGCGUGUAGUUUGUGAUAUAUUAAAGGUGACUCUAUUUGUCACUAACGAUACUACACCGGCGGCAUAAUGUCAAACCGAGCAUGGGUUACUCUGGCUACAAACGACUCGUACGGGCUGGGAGCCCUGGUGCUUGCGCACUCGCUGCGCCGCGCCGGCUCUGCCUACCCUGCUGUCGUCCUCAUCACACCCUCAGUUACUGACGCCAUGAGGGAUCGUCUAAGCGCGGUGUUUGCUGAGGUGGUGGUCGUUGACGUGCUAGACUCUGGAGACGCUGCGCACCUCGCUUUAUUGCAGCGCCCCGAGCUCGGCAUCACCUUCACCAAGAUUCACUGUUGGAACCUCACCCAGUAUGAAAAAUGCGUCUUCCUUGACGCUGAUACAUUGGUGGUCCAAAACUGUGAUGAACUGUUUGAGCGUGAGGAGCUGUCCGCAGCGCCGGACGUCGGCUGGCCCGAUUGCUUCAACUCCGGCGUCUUCGUGUACCGUCCCUCCGCGGAGACCUUCGCCAGCCUAAUCACGUUUGCACAAGAACGCGGCAGUUUUGAUGGCGGCGACCAGGGGCUGCUAAACUCCUACUUCUCCGACUGGGCGCACGGAGACAUCAAUAAGCAUCUGCCUUUCCUCUACAACGUUACCUCCGCCGCAUUCUACUCAUACUUGCCCGCACUCAAACACUAUGGGCAAAACCUUAAAAUAAUCCAUUUCAUCGGCGCGGCCAAGCCGUGGCUGCAGCAGUUCGACUGGCAGUCGCGGAGCGUGGACGCGCCCGACCACCUGCGGGAGCUGCUGCAGCAGUGGUGGGACCUGUUCGUCUCGCAAGUACACCCGCUGCUCGAUACUACUAUGGUUGAGGUUGAAGAUGUCCCUACGACGUUAGCGCUGCCAGAAGAAACAUUCUUCACCCACAGUGAACAAAGAUCUGAUUAUGAUUACUAUAAACCCAUAUUAGAUCCGGAUUCUGAAUUUUAUUGGCAUCGUCCAGAAGCUCAAAUAUCUGAUCCAGAAGUAAUAGUACCCGCGAUAGAUAUGACACAGUUUCAUGAUCCAUGGGACAUUUACCAAGGUCAUAUAAAACCAACAGAGGAGACAAAAAGCAAUUGUUCUAAUCAGCAAGAUGUAGAAGUUAUAAGAAAUGUUUGGGAACAACCAUCACUGCGACAAUUUCAAAAUUACACUGAACCAUAUCACAUACCAGUACAUGAUACAAGAAACCAUGAAAUGUAUCGCGAACAAACACAACAUUACGGAACACAUCGCCAGGAAACAUCUCACACCGAAUUAUUUAGCACUGAAGGACAACACAAUAAAAGACAUCACAAGGAACCACAACACCAUGAAACAUACUACAAUGAUAAUCAUGCACAUGUAGAUUCAUGGCACUCAGAACCCAAUACAGAAAUAUAUCGCGAAAACACAACGCAGCACUCGUGGUCACAACCGCACAAUACAGAAUCAUACAACAACCAUAAUCAUUAUGAAAAUAAACAUUAUGAUGGUCACCAAAAUGAAUACUGUAGUUACAAUAAAGACAUAGAAACACAUUCCAAUUUUAGCUACAAGCAACAAAGUUUACACCAUUCUGAAGAUUCAAAUUAUCCUAAUGCCUCCUCUGAAACCUAUAAUCAAAGUAAUCAAGAAUACUAUAAUUUGCAAAUUUCAGAUCCUUCCCAAUCACACUUCGCCUUUCAGCAUGAACAUCAACCUUCCUCCGACAAAAACAUUCCAGCAUUAGUAUGUCCUAGUAUGCAUCAGCUCGAAUAUUCUCAGUCCCACCAAGAUAUAAAUGAGCCAAAGUUUUGUAAUCAUGAAUGUAACGUUUUACACUCUCACACUAACGAUCAAAAUUCACAUUUUAAUGGGAAUUCUGAAUCUCAAAAUAUUCAAAUGCAUAUGUCGCAUUUACAAGAACAAAUAGAACAGUUUACUCACCCGUUAAGAAAAAGAAUGGAAUACGCAUAUUACGUACAUUUAGAUCAUGAGAAAGAAAGAAAUCGUCAAAUAGAAAAGUUGAAGGACCUAGCAACAGAGAAAGUACCCAAUGGUCACGGUUCAGAAUCUGAGAUAGAUGGUUUUGAAGAUUUUAUUGUUCCACGUCAUCCUUAUGAUGGGUUUUAUUUGCGGCACAGAACGACAAUAGACUCACGUGGCCGUAAGAUAUGUACGCAUGAAAUUCCUCCGCCUCCAUCGCCCUCGCCUUCGAUCUCACCUGCAGAAAGUCCAGUUUAUUUCGAUGCGGAAUCCGAAUUCUCAUCGCCCGAGGACACUUACUUAGAUAGCGAUGAUCGAGAACAUAGCGGUGUGGCGGGCAAUCUAGCACGCGUAUCCCCUGGCGACAUUGGAGCACAGCGAGAAGCACUUGAUGAAUUAACUCGUCGCCAAGGAUGGGAAGCGGGCAAUAUUGAUUACAUGGGCGCCGAUUCCUUUGCCAAUAUUUGGGCGAAGAUUUCCCAAACUCUUAGUCAGCCUCCAGCAUUACCACCGAAAGAACCCACCCCACCUCCAGUUGCAGCAGAAGCGGAAGCAACAGAAGUACCGCAACCUGCGGUUUCUCCAGCUCCUGCAGUAGAAGAACCCAAAACCGAGAUUCCUGUGGAAUCAGAACAGUCGAAAGAAGAUCUUUUAGAUGCAGUAAAACCUAGCAAAGUAGAAGAGCCCGUAGCAGCGGUUCCGCCAACCGAAGAAUCCGCUCAGCUUAAAUCUUCUGAAACUGUACCAUUAGCAACUCCUGAACCUUCAUCAGAGCCACCUGUAGAGACUUCACCAGAAGAAUCAGCAUUACCCGCGCUACCUGUCUCUGAAGACCCAAAACCUAGCUCUCUAGUAACUGAAACUAUCUCCGAAGAAGCCAAACCUAGUCCACAAGAAGCCGAGCCAACAUCCCAAUCCGUCGAACAUAGUCCUCAAGAAGCUGAACCUAGCCCCGUAGAAGCCGUUGAAACUCCAAUUGCUAAGGAGACAGCUCCUACGACAGAAGCACUUCCUGAAGCAGCUUCCUCAGAAGAAUCUACUAUAGCAGUCGAGACUGCCGACAUUCCUGUUGAACCAUCAGUUCCUGAAACUCCGGAGAUACCUGUUCCGGUAGUUGAAGCCGUAUUAGCGGAAAAAGAGACACCCGCUGAGGAAGCAGUCAAAAUCGAUGAAAUACCUGCCCCUGUUAUAGAAGCUAGCGCAACUGAAAUUCCUAAAUCAGAGGCUGAACCAGUAGCAGCCGUAGCACCUCCUCAAGAACAAAAAACUGAAGAAAAAGUAGAAGACGUGAUCACUAAAGUUUCUGAGGACGCCCCCGCUGAGGCUACCCCUGUUGAGACACCUGCGGCAACUCCUGAAACGCCUGUUACUGCCACCGAAGCCACUACUCCUGCAGCGACCGAGGCUGUUCCACCAAAACCAGCAGAUAUCCCUUUGACAGGUGCCACUGAUAGCCCUCCUCUAGCAAACACGCCUUCUAAGGAAGAUGUUACAGCUGAAGCGGCUGCUAAAUCGGAGGCGCGCCGCAAGCCGGCGGGCAAGCUGCGCCUGCACCCGCCCGCCGUCGCAGACCCCCUGCCUACCCCCGACAGCGAGCUUGAGGACGCCGACACGCUCGCGCAGUCCAUCAUCGCCAGCGAGUUGCGCACGCCAACUGUCACUUCCCCUACCCCGGCGCUGCGCAGUCCCGUCUCGCCACCACCACCCAAACAGGAGAAACGACUUUCCGCUGAUGAAUCGCAGCUGCCCACCCCGCCCGUUGGCUCAGUGUCUCUCUCACAGAUAGGAGUUAAACCUGCUAAAGACAAGCCCACGACCGCAGCCCAAAUAGAGUCCUCGCUAGCGGAUAAACCGGCGCCCACGUCGCCAACGUCGCCAACGUUGCCAACUUCUCCCACUGAAGCAAAGGCACCAGCAGAAGCGCCUAAAAAGAAAGUCGUGAAGAAGGUGGUUAAGAAGGAGAGCGCAGCGAGUGGCGACGCGCCCGUGCCCCCGCCGCGUAAGAAAGAAAAGAAACCCAAAGAAAAAUAAGCUCCCGACAGUUCCUCUGUGCCAUACGUGUAGCCUCUCCUAUAAUGUUAACGUGUAUUUAAUUUUCGAAUAUGCUUUUACGUGCCGUAACAAUUAUGUUUUAGAAUUUAGUUUUUAUCAUUUACUACUAUACUAUAACGUGUCCAUUAUAUUAUUUUUCUCAUAAUCAACUUUUGUACUGAUGAAUAUAAAACUUUUAUUUAUUAUGUUAAUCCUAUUUAUAAUUUUUACCGAUUGAUUCAUUAUUUUAAGAUAAUCGAUUUUAAAUUUGAUUUUAAAAUUGGAAAUUGUCUAACCAAAGGACGAAACAUUAUGAAUUGAAGAUUUUUUAUUAAUUUUUGUAUUAAAUGUUAUUGAAUUA